UAGAAGUCCGUCGUCAGACGACUGAGCAGAGGUCGCCCCAAAAGCGCCAGCAACGAUAACCUGGAACCUUAGACAGACCGCCAGUCCCAGCUUGGAGGCUAUUUUCAUUUCAGUAAUAGGAGUAUUCCGGAACUCGGUGGCAGUGAAAUGGUGUACAUGACCCUGAAAAACUUGUACCUUGCUCGGUAAAUGGUAACUAACAACGUCCUCCCUCCCUGGAGAAAACUCCUAUUAAUCGGUGUCAUGGAUCUGGCGUAUUAAAUUCAUUCCAAACACAGCUUUGUUGUCGUGUUGUUACUUGUGUAAUGUGUACUACUAGUAGCCUACUACUCCUCCGUUGCAUCAAUCAGUUGUAGCGAUCUGAUAUUUAUCUUUGAGUUGGGGAUGGCUUCUUCUGCUUCUGCAGCCGCCGCGGCCGCCGAGGUUGAUUCUAACAAAUUACAAUUCGCGAAGGGAAACAAUAAUGAUGAUGAUGAGCAUGAAAAUGGGGGCCAGAAGAUGAUUCAUCCAGUUGUUUCGGAUUUGGAAUCAUAUGUGGGGGACUUGACUGGCGGAGGUGGCGACGAUGAUGAUGCCAGUGAGGAUAUAUCACUUGAAGGGCUAGAGCAAGAGCUUCAAGAAUGCAAGCAUGAUCAAGUAGUGGCAAACAUCUUGUCUAAGGGAACAAAGCUUCGAGAGUACACAAAGGGUGUUGAGAGCAAUGUACGCCAAGUUGAAUUGGAAUCCAUUGAGGAUUACAUUAAGGAAAGUGACAACUUGGUCUCCCUUCAUGAUCAAAUACGUGAUUGUGACAUUAUACUCUCACAAAUGGAGACCCUACUUAGUGGAUUCCAGGCUGAGAUAGGUUCUAUAAGUUCAGAUAUAAAAAUUCUUCAAGAGAAGUCCAUGGAUAUGGGGUUGAAGCUGAAAAAUCGCAAGGUUGCGGAAUCAAAGUUGGCAAAAUUUGUUGAAGAUAUUAUUGUGCCACCAAGGAUGAUAGACAUAAUUGUUGAUGGAGAGGUUAAUGAUGAGUAUUUGAGGACUCUAGAGAUUUUGAGCAAAAAGCUGGACUUUGUUAAGGUGGAUCCUAUGGUUAAAACUUCGAAAGCAUUAAAAGAUGUUCAACCUGAAUUAGAGAGGCUUCGGCAGAAAGCAGUUUCAAAGGUUUUUGACUUCAUGGUUCAAAAGCUAUAUGCAUUGCGGAAACCAAAAACUAAUAUCCAGAUUCUUCAACAGAGUGUUCUUUUGAAAUACAAGUAUAUUAUUUCCUUUCUCAAGGAACAUGGAAAGGAGAUAUAUGUGGAAAUUCGUGCAGCAUAUAUUGACACAAUGAACAAGGUUCUAAGUGCACAUUUCCGGGCUUAUAUUCAAGCACUGGAGAAAUUACAGCUGGAUAUAGCAACAUCGAGUGACCUAAUUGGUGUUGAGGCAAGAAGCAGUAGUCUGUUCUCCAGAGGAAGGGAACCCCUGAAGAAUCGAUCCGCUGUUUUUGCUUUAGGAGAGAGGAUAAACAUUCUCAAGGAAAUAGAUGAACCUGCAUUGAUACCUCAUAUAGCUGAAGCUAGCUCCAAAAAGUAUCCUUAUGAAGUCCUUUUCAGGAGCUUGCACAAACUGCUUAUGGAUACUGCAACCUCUGAGUACCUUUUCUGUGAUGAUUUCUUUGGAGAAGAAUCCAUUUUUAAUGAUAUAUUUGCAGGUCCCUUUACUGUAAUUGAUGAACACUUCAACUCGAUCCUGCCAAAUUGUUUUGAUGCUAUUGGCUUGAUGCUUAUGAUCCGCAUCAUACACCAGCACCAGCUCAUAAUGUCACGCCGCCGAAUACCAUGUCUCGAUUCUUACUUGGAUAAGGUCAAUAUUGCUUUAUGGCCUCGUUUCAAGAUGGUGUUUGACAUGCACCUCAACAGCCUGCGAAAUGCCAAUGUCAGAAGUUUGUGGGAAGAUGAUGUUCACCCUCAUUAUGUCAUGAGGCGCUAUGCAGAGUUCACGGCUUCACUGAUCCACCUAAAUGUGGAAUAUGGAGAUGGGCAGCUUGAACUUAACCUGGAAAGACUGAGAAUGGCUGUUGAUGACUUGCUUAUCAAACUGUCAAAAACAUUCUCAAAAGCAAAGUUGCAGACUGUAUUCCUGAUUAACAACUAUGACAUGACAAUUUCUGUACUGAAGGAAGCUGGGCCAGAGGGUGGGAAAAUCCAAUUGUACUUUGAAGAUCUGCUGAAGAACAAUACUGCUGUUUUUGUGGAAGAGUUACUCUUGGAGCAUUUCAGUGACCUCAUCAAGUUUGUGAAGACCAGAGCCUCUGAGGACUCAAAAGCUGUGUCAGAGAAGCCUAUAUCUGUAGCUGAAAUCGAGCCUCUUGUGAAGGACUUUGCAAGUAGAUGGAAAGCUGCGAUAGAAUUGAUGCAUACCGAUGUCAUCAAAUCAUUCAGCAACUUCCUCUGCGGCAUGGAGAUAUUGAGAGCUGCUUUGACUCAGCUGCUUCUCUACUACACUAGACUUUUGGAUUGCAUAAAAGAGAUUCCUGGUGGAUCUGCACUAAACAAAGAUCUUGUUUCCAUACCAUCAAUAAUGUAUGAAAUCAAAAAGUAUUCAAGGACUUUCUGAGUUAACUUACCAGUAGUGUACACGUCACUUUGUAAGUUUUACCUUCGAAAGUUACAGUUGGUGCAUAGAAUUCUUUGCCUCCGAAUGCAUUGAUACACGGUUCAUACCCCCUUCCAACAGGAUAGGUGAAUCAUGAAUUUAAGGCAUUUGAUCUUCAAAAGAGAAUUUUGGUUUUGGGAUUAUUUCGAAUUAUGUAUCAUAUAUCUAACGGUGAGAGUGUA